GUAUAUAUCCACAUACCUCAGCGUACAAGAGAGAGAUCCCAAAGCACACAGAUUUCUUGGACAAAUUUAUGAAGCUGAGGAUAACAUAGAAAAAGCUUUUGGGUGUUACAAGCGUUCUGUGGAGUUGAACCCAACGCAGAAAGAUCUUGUACUGAAGAUUGCGGAGUUGCUGUGCAAUAAUGACGUUACUGAUGGAAGAGCAAAAUACUGGGUUGAGAGGGCUGCUAAGCUCUUCCCUGGGAGUCCUGCUGUUUACAGGUUGAAGGAGCAGUUAUUGGAUUGUAAAGGUGAAGAUGGAUGGAAUCAGCUUUUUGACUUGAUUCAAGCAGAACUUUAUGCAAGACCAGAUGAUGUCUACAUAAACAUCAGACUAGUUGCCCUCUACCGUUCAAAUAAUAGAUUAAAAGAUGCUGUGCUCCAUUGUCAGGAGGCAGAGAAGAAAAUACCUUUGCAGACAAGCUUGGAGUGGUGUUCCUGUGUUGUAGAGACGUUUGAGGAAUAUCUGGAAUCUUUACAAGACUUGGAGUCUGAUAAAAAUAACUGGAGAACUAUCAAGAAAGAUCAUCUGCUGGCCUAUUCCAGCUUUGUCAAAAUGAUGCUUUCUUCUAGAGAUGUUCAGGAAUGCAGAGAGGCACUUGAAAGUUUUGAUCGUGCGCUCCAGUCAGUGAAACCGUAUGUGAACGGGGCUGAUGAGUUGUCUCGUACCUUUGUGGAAAUGAAAGGACAGCUGUACAUGCAUGCUGGAACUUUGCUACUGAAAAUGGCCCAACACAGUGAGGCACAGUGGAGAGUUGUGUGUGAACUAGCAGCAUUGUGUUAUCUAAUAAGUUUCCAGGUUCCUAAGCCAAAGUCAAAACUGAUAAAGGGGGACCAAACUGGUCAAGAUGCACUAGAAAUGUUGGCCUGCGAUCGGAAAAGCCAGUCUGGUCAUAUGUUACUGAAUUUAAGCCAUGGCAAGCAAGACUUCUUUAAAGAGAUUGUGGAAUCUUUUGCAAACAAGAGUGGUUCGUUUACUUUGUUUGAUGGCCUCUUUGAGAGUGGAGCUUCUAGAGAAAGGUCUUUUAUUGGAACAGACGAUAUUGGAAAUGUCAGUGCACAAGCACCAGUGCAAAUGGAACUUAAUAAAUAUGAUAUUGGUGCUGUUCGAAUGCACAACGGCAGCCUCCAGCACCUGGUGUGGCUCGGCCUGCAGUGGAACUCUAUGUCAGUCUUACCCCCAAUGCGCAAAUGGUUAAAACAGCUUUUUCACUUGCCUCAAGAAACGUCGAGACUUGAGACAGAUGCUCCUGAAUCUAUUUGCCUAUUGGACCUUGAAGUAUUUCUACUUGGUGUGGUAUUCACUAGCAACUUACAAUUGCAAGAGAAGUUUAAUUCUCACUAUGGAGCACAUCAGCCUCAAUUCUUACCAUUGCCAGUGUGCAAACAGCUCUAUACCGAAAAGCAAAGGUCCUGGUGGGAUGCCGUCCGUACUAUUAUUCAGAGAAAAACAACACCAGGAACAGCAGCAAAACUGAGGCUUGUCGUGCAGCACGGAAUAAGUACUCUGCGGACACUGGAGAAGCAUGGCCUUCAACCUGCUUUAAUUAUCCACUGGGCAAAAAGCCUGCAAAAAACAGGCGUUAGUCUUAACUCCUUCUAUGACCAGAAGGAAUACAUUGGACGAAGUGUCUACUACUGGAAGAAAGUCUUGCCUAUGCUGGAAACUAUUAAAAGGAAGAGGGGUAUUCCUGAACCUACUGAUCCUCUCUUCAAACACUUCCAUAGUGUAGACAUUCAGGUCUUUCAGGUUGCAGCGUAUGAAGAAGAGGCACGUAUAGCAUUUGCAAUGUUGGAUGCAGUUGAUGGCAAAACUGAUGACGCUUUAGUAGCAUUUGAAGCUAUUAAGAAUGUGGUUUCAUACUGGAAUCUUGCUGUGAUUUUCCAAAGAAAAGCAGAAGAGAUUGAAAAUGAUGCCAUGCUGCCGGAAGAACAAGAAGAACACAAAACCUAUCUUCUUAAAAGCAAGCAUUAUCUAAUGAAGAUCAUUGAGGAAAGCUCCUCAGAUAUGUCAGUAACUGAGAAACUGCCAGUGUCUAUUGAAACAGUGAGGGAAAUGCUAGAUACAGUGAUCCAGGAACUUGGUGAGAAUGGUGAAGAGGGAAGUCCUGCCUUCAGAAAUGGUUUGUCACGAGCUGUAGAUUCAGAGAUGAAACAUUCCACUCCAUCACCAACUAAGUUCUCUCUUUCGCCAACUAAGAGCUACAAGUUUUCUCCUAAAACUCCUCCUCAGUGGGCAGAAGAUCACAGAUGUAUACUUGAAAUGAUCUGUCAGCAAGUGGAAGCUUUAAAGAAUGAAAUGCAAGAAAUGAAACUUAAUAAUUCCAACUCAAAUGCAUCAUCUCAUCGGUGGCCUGCUGAAAGCUAUGGAACAAAUACAAUGUCAGAGAGUUAUCAGAGAGCACAGAAUCUUCAUNGCUGUUCCUUUUUAGUUGCCACCACUGGCCCAUCUGUUUACUACAGCCAGUCACCUGCCUAUAACUCUCAGUAUCUUCUCAGAACUGCCGCAACCAAUGUGACACCAACAAAGGCUCCUGUCUAUGGCAUGAACCGACUUGCACCUCAGCAGCAUAUAUAUGCUUAUCAACAACCUAUGCAUACACCACCUCUGCAAAACACUUCUGCUUGUAUGUUUUCCCAAGAAAUAUAUGGCACGCCUCUGCGUUUCGAUUCUCCUGCUACUGGACUCAUUUCUCCUCGUGGGGGUGACGAUUACUACAAUUACAGUGUCCCACCAGCAAGCACAAAUCCACCGUUGCCUGAACCAGGUUAUUUCACAAAGCCUUCAGUUGCACCACCGGCUUUAAAGCCUGCAGAAUCAAAAGUCAUAGAAUUUCCAAAAUCUAAAUUUGGACAGCCAGGAGCAGCAGAAGGAUCGAAAACAUCUCUACCAGCACCGUCAAGUCAGCCAACAACUUUUAAAUUCAACACUAACUUCAAGUCUAACGAUGGCGACUUCACCUUUUCUUCUCUUCAGGUUGCAACACAGCCUGCUAAUGCAGCUUUUAAUAGUGGCGAAAGCCUCUUGGGUCUUCUGACGUCUGAUAAACCUUUACAGGAUGAUAGAUACAUUGAGCAAAAACCAGCUAACGAUCACACAAAUAGUCAAAGAAAUGUCUUCAAUUUUAGCAAUAAACAUAUUUCAGGCAUCUCUUUUAGAGAAAGCAUGGGACAAAAUACACACAAAAACCUGAAUUUUGAAAAGAGCGAUGUGUGUGGUGUCCAGGAACCAAGCAAGCCUAUAUUUAUGACUUCAAAUUCAGAUUUGGCCAAUAGAAGUCAUGAAACAGAGGGCGGAAGCACCCAUGGUGGAGAUGAGGAUGAUGAUGGUCCUCAUUUCGAUCCUGUGGUGCCACUCCCUGACAAGAUUGAAGUAAAGACAGGUGAGGAAGAUGAAGAAGAAUUCUUCUGCAACAGAGCCAAGCUCUUCCGUUUUGAUGCAGAAUCUAAAGAGUGGAAAGAAAGGGGUAUUGGAAAUGUGAAAAUACUGAAACAUAAAGUAUCUGGGAAAUUUCGUCUCUUAAUGAGACGGGACCAAGUGCUGAAGAUCUGUGCAAAUCACUACAUAAAUACUGAUAUGAAGUUAACUCCAAAUGCUGGAUCAGAUAAGUCAUUUGUAUGGCAUGCUUUAGAUUAUGCAGAUGAGUUGCCAAAACCAGAACAGCUUGCAAUUAGAUUUAAAACACCUGAGGAAGCAAUGCUUUUCAAAAGUAAGUUUGAGGAGUCACAGAGUAUUUUAAAAACCUUGGGAUCAAAUGUUGACACAUCCGUGACUCAGAGUAGUGGGGCUGCAAGAGAAGCAACAAGUCAGGACAUCAAGGAGCCUGCCAGAUCCAUUGCUGGGACCCUGAACUUUGGCUUUCAGUUCCCAAAAGAUGGGGUGAGCAGUGAAUCCGAUAGCAAAGGCAGCCUUACUGCUCCAUCAACUGCGUCUGGCCCUACCGCUUUCUCAUUUGGAAAGGAAACCCCGCAAACCUAUUCUUCUGGUGGGUUUGGGCAGCAUCUCUUGAAGAAGGACCAAUGGGAGUGUAAAGUAUGUUUAGUUCCAAAUGAAACAACUGCAAAGAAUUGUGUAUCCUGUCAAAGUCCAAAUCCAGAUAUGUGGGAAACACAUGGCACCCCAUUAACUGACUCUGCUGCAAGUUUCAAAGCCAGUAGUAACACUGUGCAGGACAAAGUUGGAUCUGCAUUUGCUAAAAAGGAAGGUCGGUGGGACUGCUCUGUGUGCCUAGUCCAAAAUGAAGCAAAAGAUACGAACUGUCGUUCUUGUCAGAACCCUAACUCACAGAGUCAGCCAGAUGUACCUGUGCCUGCUGUUCAGGCAUCCCCUGCUCCCAGGUUUGGUUCCGUUGCUGAGGCAAGUAAGCCGCAGAAAAAUGGAUUUGAAGGCCUUUUUGCUAAAAAGGAAGGGCAGUGGGAUUGUAGUACUUGUCUUGUGAGGAAUGAAGGUUCUUCACCAGCCUGUGUGGCCUGCCAAACACCAAAUCCAUCUGGUAAGCCUGCUGGUGAUGCUUCAUCAACUCCUGCUUUUGGCUUAAAAAGUAAAUUGUCUGAACCUGCUGGAGGACAGUUGGGAACAGGCUUUAAGUGUGAUUUCUUAGAAAAGGGCUUUAAGUUUGGUCAUGCUGAGCAAGGCAAGACACCAUCAUUUACAUUUCAGAUUCCUUCUGAUACUGAAGCAAAGUCUGUAAAGGAAGGAUUUAGCUUUUCAAUGCCAGUGCCUGCAGGUGGAUUUAAAUUUGGGAUACAAGAGCCUAGUAAAAAUACCACUAAGAAAGAUGAGCCAUCCAAAGAGUGUCCAACUGACUCCUUAAAAAGCACUGGUGAAAAAGACAAAAAGGAGCUGCCUUCAGAUAGCGGAAUUGCAUUCCAAAUUCAAGAAACUGCAAACAAGGAGAAAGGCGACUUUGUUUUUGGGCAGAACAGCAGCACGUUUACUUUUGCUGAGCUUGCAAAAAGUACUCCUGGGGAAAGUUUUCAAUUUGGCAAAAAAGACCCCAACUUCAAAGGCUUUUCAGGUGCAGGUGAAAAGCUGUUUUCUUCACAGGUUUCUAAAACGGAUCACAAAGCAAACACAUCUGCUGACCUUGGUGAGAAGGAUGAUGACGUGUAUAAGACAGAGGACAGUGAUGAUAUCCAUUUUGAACCUAUCGUUCAGAUGCCUGAGAAAGUAGAACCGUUUACAGGAGAGGAAGAUGAGAAAGUUUUAUACUCCCAAAGAGUAAAGCUGUUCAGGUUCGAUCCAGAAACAAGCCAGUGGAAGGAACGCGGGGUAGGCAACCUGAAGAUUCUUAAAAAUGAAGUUAAUGGCAAAGUAAGAAUAUUAAUGCGGCGCGAGCAGGUCCUGAAAGUGUGUGCAAAUCACUGGAUAACAACAACAAUGAACUUGAAACAGCUGUCUGGCUCGGACAAAGCAUGGAUGUGGAUGGCCAAUGACUUCUCUGAUGGUGAUGCGAAGUUGGAACAACUGGCAGCAAAAUUCAAGACACCAGAGCAGGCUGAGGAGUUCAAACAGAAGUUUGAAGAAUGUCAGAGGCUGCUACUAGAUAUACCACUGCAGACACCCCAUAAACUUGUUGAUACAGGUAGAACAGCUCAGCUUAUACAGAAAGCAGAAGAAAUGAAAUGUGGCUUAAAAGAUCUGAAAACGUUUCUGACGGAUGACAAAGCUAAACUGUCAGAAGAGGAAAAUGUAAGCUCUGUUUGUGCCAGCAGCACUUCUGAUCUGGUUAUAAAGCCACAUGCUGAAAGUACUGGACCUACUCUGGAGUGGGAUAACUAUGACUUGCGUGAAGAAGCACUGGAUGAUAGUGUAAGUAGUUCAGUUUAUGCAUCGCCUCUUGCAAGUAGCCCUGUAAGGAAAAAUCUGUUCAGAUUUGGAGAAUCUACCACAGGUUUUAGUUUCAGCUUUAAAUCUGCAUUGAGCCCAUCCAAAUCUCCUGCCAAACAGAACCAGAGUAGAACAUCAGUAGGCACAGAUGAAGAUUCUGAUGUUACUCAAGAAGAAGAGAGAGAUGGGCAGUACUUUGAACCUGUGGUACCUCUUCCUGACCUCGUGGAAGUGACUAGCGGUGAGGAAAAUGAGCAGGUUGUCUUCAGUCACAGAGCUAAGCUCUACAGAUACGACAAAGAUGCUAAUCAGUGGAAAGAGAGAGGUAUUGGGGAUAUCAAGAUACUACAGAACUACGACAACAAACAAGUGCGUAUAGUAAUGAGAAGGGACCAGGUACUAAAACUCUGUGCCAAUCACAGAAUAACACCAGAUAUGAAUAUGCAACAGAUGAAAGGAUCUGAUAGAGCAUGGGUGUGGACUGCCUGUGACUUUGCAGAUGGGGAAAGGAAAGUAGAACUUCUGGCUGUGCGAUUCAAGCUGCAAGAUGUUGCAGACUCAUUUAAGCAGAUUUUUGAUGAAGCAAAGCAAGCCCAAGAGAGAGAGACACUGAUAACACCUCUUUCUUCUCGCGCCAACACACCGAAGGAGUCUCCGUGUGGUAAAAAUGCUGUAGCUGUACUAGAAGAAACUACCAGAGAAAGAACUGACCUUAGCCAUGGUGAUGAUGCUUCUGAUGUAACUGUAGAGGUCACAGAUGUGUCAAACACUUCUGAAACACCAACAAAAACAGUGGUUUCUCCUCCGAAGUUUGUAUUUGGAUCUGAAUCUGUCAAGAGCAUUUUUAGUAAUGAAAAGUCAAAGACCUUCACGUUUGGAAAUACUUCAGCCACUGGUUCUCUCUUUGGCUUCAGCUUCAAUCCUCCAAGAAAGAGUGAAGACCAUCCUCCAGUGUCUCAGAACACAGUGGAGAAAGAACUGGAAGUCUCUGAACCACCAAAAAUCUCUAGUGCACCUCAGAAGCCUCUAGACAGCAAGGUAGACAACUUGCCUACUUCAGCACAAGAUGGACCCUCUAACUUCUCAUUUAAAAUUCUAGAAAAAGGAUUUAAUUUUAGCCUUUUUAAAUCUAAUCCAAUGGCCUUUUGGACAAGCACAUCUUCCUUGCAACCUGAUAGUAAAGCUGAGAAGACGACAAUGUCAGAAGAUGAUCUUCCGUCUGAUGAGGUUAUAAUAGUUUACGAGUUAACACCUACCCCUGAACAGAGAGCUCUCGCUGGCUUUCUCAAGCUACCUUCAACAUUCUUCUGUUACAAGAAUAAGCCUGGAUAUGUGAGUGACGAGGAUGAUGAUGAAGACUAUGAAACAGCUGUUAAGAAACUUAAUGGUAGACUGUAUCCCAGUGAUUCAGAAGAGAAAAAGAAAUUGCAAGAUCCUUCAAAAGUAGGCAUCAUAGGAAAAUGUGAAUUCGACAGUGAAAGAGAGUGUGAUACUGCUUGUGAAAAGCAGACAACUCUUGAGGAGAAGGCUAAAGCAGAAACUCUGCAGGUUCCGUCUGCAUCUGUCUGUGGUGCCAGCAGUGAUACUGAGGAUGACAGUCCAGAUGAUGUUCAGACAGAAAUUAAAAUUCAAGAAACACAAGAGAAUGAGGUUACAAGUUCAACUGACCUAGCCUCCACCAGUAAGGAAGAAGUAUCUGCUUCGUCAACUGGUGAGGUGACAGUAUUUGUCCAGUCAGCUAUCAACAACGAAGAACCAGAUUCCACCACAAAAACUGUGCACGUGUCGCAGACUUCAGCAGCAGUUGAUGACAAACCUGUAGACUUGUCAGCUAAAAAAAGUGAUUCAGACUGUUCACAGUCAACACAAGAAAACAGCAUCAUCUCAUUUGGUUUUGGCAAUACUGCAGGAUUGUCAUUUGCAGAUCUGGCUUCCAAAAACUCAGGAGACUUUGCUUUUGGCUCAAAAGAUAAAAACUUCAAAUGGGCGAAUACAGGAGCAGCUGUGUUUGGAGAGACAGUGCGUAAAGCAGAGGAAGAUGAAGGUGGUAGCGAUGAUGAGGUGGUACAUAGUGAUGAUAUCCACUUUGAGCCAAUUGUGUCCUUACCAGAGGUAGAGGUAAAAUCUGGAGAAGAAGAUGAAGAAAUUCUCUUCAAAGAGAGGGCAAAACUUUACAGAUGGGACAGAGAUGCUACUCAGUGGAAGGAGCGUGGUGUUGGAGAGAUAAAGAUCCUCUUCCAUACGCAAAAGAAAUACUAUAGAGUCCUAAUGAGAAGGGACCAAGUUCUUAAAGUCUGUGCAAACCAUGUCAUCACCAAAGAAAUGAACUUGGUGCCCUCUGAUACAUCAAACAACGCUUUAAUUUGGACAGCCAUAGAUUAUGCUGAUGGUGAAGUAAAAGUAGAACAACUUGCAGUCAGGUUUAAAAGCCAAGAAAUGGCUAAUUCUUUCAAGAAGAGGUUUGAAGAAUGCCAGAUGAACUUGUCAGAACUACAGAAGGGACACUUGUCUCUGGCAGCAGGACUGUCAAAAGAUACCAACCCCAUUGUGUAUUUUGAAGUUUCUGCUGACGAUGAACCUUUGGGACACAUAACCAUGGAGCUGUUUUCAAAUAUCGUCCCUCGAACUGCUGAAAAUUUCAGGGCCUUGUGCACAGGAGAGAAAGGAUUUGGAUUCAAGAACUCCAGCUUUCACAGAAUAGUCACUGGCUUUGUGUGUCAGGGAGGUGAUAUAACAAACCAUGAUGGAACAGGGGGCCGGUCAAUUUAUGGAACAGCGUUUGAAGAUGAGAAUUUUGAAGUGAAACACACUGGUCCUGGACUGUUGUCAAUGGCAAAUAAGGGCAGGGAUACAAAUAAUUCUCAGUUCUUCAUAACACUUAAAAAAGCUGAACACUUGGACUUCAAGCAUGUGGUAUUUGGGUUUGUGAAAGAUGGAAUGGAUGUUGUGAAAAAGAUUGAAUCCUUUGGUUCUCCUAAAGGGCUAGUACAUGGAAGAAUUGUCAUUACAGACUGUGGGCAAAUAUAGAAUUAUUGCUUUGAGCAUACAGAUGUUCUAGGAGUAUAAAUCAGUAUUUAGAUGUUAUUGACUAAUUAUUUCAACUUCUUAAAAUGGACACUUCUGAUGUAUAAAUGUAAAAUUACAACUUAUAGUUGGGUUUUUUAUGUGUUCUAAUUGAUUUUUUUGCAUGUUAAAUAAGUUCAGACACUGGCAUAUUUCAGGUGUAUUUGUGUUAUCCUGACCUAUUUGUAUUAAAUGUCAAAUUUUAAAAAUUAAAUCUUAGUCUUGUUAAAAUAAA